AUGACUGUGAAGGAGUCUGCAGAUGAGUCUGGAGAGGAGUCUGCAGAGAAGUCUGCAGAGGAGUCUUGGGACGAGUCUGCUGAGGAGUCCACAGAGGAGUCUGCUGAGGAGUAUGGAGAGGAAUAUCUGCAUCAUCUGUUUGUGGGGCGAAAUUCGGGCACUUCUUCUUCGAGUUGGAGUCGACACAGCACCGAGUCUCGAGUCUCUGACAGUUUAAGGAAGUUUGAGUUUAACAGCAUUUCCACGUGCCACAAGGCACAGAACGAAGUCCGGGACCAAAACCAAAAGCCAACAAAGAGCCAAGUGCUGAACCUGAACCUGAAGUCUCCACAACUUAUUGAACUGCCAACACAAAUGACUGCCAUGCAAAUGAGCCAAGAGCCGGAGCCUCGCCUUCGAUGAGUGGCUGCCUGCCUGCCUUCUGUCGUCAUCGAGGGUCCGGGAUACCGGACAUUUAUUGAAAAUGUAAGUGCUAAUAUUUGGACAACAAAAACCGUAACUUAAUUGCAAAAACAUGUUCAGAGUUCUCUUAGGUUGGGGUUUGUGGCAGCACAGGAGCAUUGUCUAAUUACAAUGGGUGUGGUUUUCUGUUUGUCCGGUGAAUCCUAAUGUGAACAGAGUCUAUAUUAACCAGAAACUUCUCUGGAAGGAACCUGCAAGUUGUAACCCUUUUUCGGAGCAGAAACCUCCUCUCUUAGCCUUUCUCCAACCGCACCCUUGUAGAGUGUCAAUCAGAGGAUGGUCUCCUCCCCAAAGCCUAACAUCUUUCGAUUGUUUCACGGCUACAGUCUGCAGUCUAGUCGAAGCCCAUUAGCUUAGCCAAAUGUCCUUUCCCACAGCACAAAAACACACAGAAAAAACAAGGAAAUCAACCCGAAAUCAAAGACUAGACAACAAAAGGUUUGUCUUCCAGACGGAAUACCGUAACGCCCACAAAUCACGCCCUCAACAGGGUAACCUCAACCAAAAAAAAAUCGAAAAAAAGUAUGCACGAAAUGAAACGAAGAGAGCAACAGUAGGGAGAAGGAGUCGAACGGGGUUUACCAUUUGGUAACGAAAAAAAUGACAGGAAUUUUACAGUCAGUCAAUUAUGGAAGAGCCCGGGACAGGAGCAGCAGAGGACACCCAACAGCCAGAAGCAGAGACACCCAUCGAGAAAAAUCAAAAGCUGUAAUCGGUAGCACUGUUGCAGAGGGAGUAUUGGGAUUUCGUGGAGAAUGAAUCUGAAUCUAUAGAGGUGCUUACUACUCCCUUAUAAACAGCUUAGA